AUGGAUACGCGCUUCAUCAAACGCGAUUUCAAGCGUUUACCUGCCACCACUCCGCUUCCUCAACCCACUACCGACGGUCUCGUAGGCAUAGCAUGCCCCAGUUGUGACGCCGGGCAGAAGACUACGCCAUUAAAGUAUAUCAACAGACUACCUAAUGCUUGGAGGGUCGCGGCAAUGUGGCAUAAAGCCCCACAUGGAACAAGUGGUCACUUUUAUCACACAUGGAGUGAUGAUCAAUUAAAUUUUGAAAUUGCGUCAAUCAACGCUGGCCACUGGCCAGCUGCCCUUUUUCCACGCCCACCCUCUGCAAACUCCAAUCGCCCCACAUCGCCUGCACUUCCUCACCCGGUCACACCUAGCCAAAGCCUAUUGAAUAGGCUCUUCAACACGACAGACUCCACAUCAUCUAGCGGCACCUCAGCUGACCCUUCAAUUACGUGUUUUGGCGUGAAAGGAAAGACCGGGCCCACCCAUCAAAUCGCAGACGCACGCAGAGGCAACAAGAACUGUGUCUUCAAAGCAUGCGCCUCCUGCUGUCAAAAUGUGGGUGACCAAGUCUGUGGGGCAAAGGGACAUCGGAAACCUCUUGGUCUUGGCAACCAUGGUGCCUCUCACCCUUUCUUAAACCGUGGCAUCGUAACCAGUACCAACAAUUUCAAUCCUUUUCACCAAAGACCACCACCUUCAGCCUCUCACAUCCAUCACCAAGAUCAGCACAAUUGCGAGACUGCCUCGGGCUCAGCCCCCCCUGAAAUUCCUGUCCAUCGACGCAUCCCCACUCAAAGCGCGCAAGCCGGAGGCCUCGUUGCCCAUGAGUUCAACAGUGAACAACUGGCCGCCUUUUUUGACCUUCAAUCGGCCAGAGAACAAACAUUGUUGCAAAUGAAAUCUUUUGACGCCGACGAGAGCAAAGUUGUUCAUGUCACUGCAUGGCUGCAGGCGGAACAACCCCCCUUAUUUUUCAGCUUUAUUGCGCCGAAGUGGCCCUCAUUUUCUCUACAGCAAUGCCAGCCCCUUGUGAGCGAGGCUGCACUCAAAGCAAGCCUUUCAGACGGUCCGGUUUGGAGUAGGAGGCUCCAAUUCUGGGACCCAAAAUCGGAGGGCUGGCAGCGCACGGGUUCUAUCAACAUCCCCUCUCGACUACCAAUUGCACCUCGCGAGAUAUUUGUUAAAGCCAACACAUUCAAGCCUGAAGAAUGUCCCCGCCUUGACCAGCUCAUUUAUGCCGCAUACUAUACUCCCACCUACUCUCAAAGUGAUUCAAGUUCUACCCAACCUCCAGACAAUUUGGACCCCAGCGUGGGGAAUCCUAGCGCCGUUGAUGGCAAAAUCACCAUCGUGCCGUCUACCCGCUCUCAAAACAUUUUGGACACGUUUGGUAACCAUAGCAACCAUGGAGGCAAAAUCAUUAUAAUUGGCAAAGGGGUUGACUUGAUUCCCAACCCCAAACCAAAUGAUAAGCUACCCAACAGCUCAAGUGCCAACAAUCGACAACACUGGCCCGACUUAUCCUCCCCAAUUGAGCGAACUAUCUAUCGGCAUUCCAAGUGGAUUGGCAUUGUCACCAAAAGAAAAGCAAAAGACUGGGAAUCGUGGCUUCAAGAGCAGACAAUGCCAUUGGUGGCAGUCACAUUAGGAGCAGCUCGUACACGCUUUCGUCAAGAGUUUAUACUUGCAGGCUGUCCUCCAAGCACUUCUUCCUCUUCCUCUACUCCGGCCUCUACUUCCUCUGCCGCACCUGUAGCAGGCUGCAAACGAAAAUUGGGUGAAUGA